GAACCCAGACCUCCCACAGGUCAUUUAAGAACUCCGAGUUUUUUUCACAACAGCCCCCAAAGGGAGAGAGGAGAGCCUGGAGUCCUGACUUGUAAACUAGAGACUGCCUGUCAGCAUAUUAUGGAUAUAACUAAAGAAAGGAGGUUGAAAUAUGAGAAUUGCUUUGUACUGCAAAAACACUAUGAGAUCCUAGACUGAAGGACACCUCUGUAUCCCCAGGACCUACCACCGUGUCUAACACAGACUAAGGUGCUGAGAAGAUGGUUACUGUGUGCACAAUAUGUUCAUCAGAUGCAGCCAGAUGGUUCAACCACAGUGUAGGGAGAGAGGGAGGUCAUUCCCACGUUCCUGCAAUGAUGCCCAGCAAACACGCCGAGCCCCAAGACAGCAGGAGGGCUUUAACGCAAUGUUACAAGGAGACGGGCUGAGCCAUCCGUAGCAUCAUGUGACAGGCUCAUCACGCCAAGGAAAAAAUGAAAUGCAGAGGAGCAACCUCCUGGGCGACGAAAAGCCUUUUCCCCAUAAGCUUACCUUCAGGCGAGAAACGGGCUUGAAAGGGAAAGCACAUCGUUUGCAGAAGAUCUCAGAGAAAGCAGAGUGCAGUGGGCAGGGAGUUAGCCGUUCUAGGCCACCGAGCAGUCAGUUAAGAGUUACAGGACAGAAAAGCCUGCAAGAAAAUAGCACUAAUAAUGAAGAGCCCCCGGAUGAGAAAGUUGCUCCAUUGAGUGAAUCAGUGACUGAUGACCUCCAGGUUGACUGUAGUUCAUCCAAUAGUGAGCUAGUAUCAGGACUAACUUUGCAGCAUGGUAUUUCUAGUUCUCUUCUGAGCUAUUCAUUCACAGACUCUUUCACAGAACACAAGAGUUUUGGAGAGAGUUUAAGCAGUUUCUCAUCGCCUGAACUCUUCAGAGGAUCAGAUUCUUUAGAUUGGGAAUGUCCCAAGUUGGAAGAACGUACACGAUGCAAAAAUUCCACUCUUCUGGAUACCAGUACAGCAGUAGCAAUAGAGAAGGUACCACAGUUUUCAAACCUCUCUGCAAUUUUAGGUAUGUCUUCAGAAGACUAUCAGAAAUGCCAGAGAGAAAUAGUGAUGACAUUAGCAGACCAAAAUAUUACUUCAAAACCAAAGAAUACUUCACAUUCAGAAUCAGAUAAUGCAGCUUGUGAAGUUUUAUUUGCUGAGAAAACUUACCCUUCAGCCCCUGAGAAAACAAAGAAAAAACCAGAAAAAGAUCCUGUACCUAGAAAUACAUAUUUUCAAACAAAGUUAAGGUCUCGUCAUGUAAAAAUCAAGGUUCCUUCAAGUAGAUCAAUUACCAAAGUUCCAUUGUCUCACCUCCUGGAACCUGCAUUGACAACAAAUUCUAGUAUUCCUGAUAAGAAGAGCAGAGGCCUCUUAACAAGUACACCAUCUUCACAAACUGCUGGUUUAGUGAUUGAUUUGUCCUCAGUGCAAAAAACAUCUUUUGAAGAACUAUUUCCAAAUGUCAGCAAUUAUGUUAAUUCAAAUGAAAUUGUUCCUGUGUCAAAUUUGCAAGAAUGCUCUUCAAAUGAGAUUCCUUCAGAUACAUCAGAAAUAUGUUGUAUUAUUAGAGCAACACCAGGAACUAGACAAAUGAAAAGUGAAAGUAAUGUUAUUGUAAAGAAGAAGAAAUAUUCCCCACCCAAAGAUAUUCCUCAAGAUAUUAUAAUAAAAACAAAUGGCAGAAUGUAGCAGCCAUGGCUGAAUUGUCACCACUUUGAAGAUAUACAUGAAUGUGAAGUCAAAGUCCAUAAAGCAGAAUGUCUGCCUGAAAUUAUAUAUAAUUCAAAAAUCAAAAUUCUCUAAUUAUAUGUGAUAAAACCUAGUGAUGAAAUUCUACUGAGAUUCUUAUAAUUUACUUUUAAUCAGUAAAGAAACACUCUUAUGUAUGUCUCUUAAAUAUAUGUAUUUGUAUUGUAAAAUAAGAACAAAUAGCUUAUAUUAAAAGACUGUACACUAAACAAAUGAUUUCAGCUAUUUAUAAAGAGCAAAGUACCAGGCUACUGUGUAACUCCCUUUGUUUUUUUCCCCCAGAGUUUGUCCUCUAUAUGGAUUAAAGUAGUAAAGUUGAAGCACUAAAAAUGAAAAUGCUUAUAUUACGAGCUAUUUUUAACAGAACUUAAUUGAAACCACAUGAGUGAGAGACCUAAUUCCAGGUCUGACUGAAAGAAACUCUAUACUCAACUUUGCUGAAGCAGGGAAUGUAUAAUAUGUACAAUCAAUCAUACACUAAGUUUUUGAUGUAUUACCUCAUUCUCAAACCUUCUUUAGCUAAUACUGUCUGUAAGAUUUUAUGUAUUUAUUCAUGUGAGAUAUUAUUUGUUGUGGUGUCUCUACACUGCUCUUCCUAAAAAACAGCAGUCCUAUUG